AUGAGCUCCAACCCCAGCGUUUACGCUGCAGAGCCCGCUUACCCCAUCCUUGCACACACAUUGCUUCAGGCGCCAUCAACGGACCUGACAGACAGUGAGGAGUCAAAUUAUGAUGUUACCUCAGAACGAAGCUGGAAUCUGAAAGACGAUUGGGAGAAAGGCAUCCAGAAUAAUAUCGCCGGAGUCUUUCGCUGCGGCACCGUCAUUGGAUUCUCCAGAUUGAGAUCGCGAAGCAAGGACACAGAUGAAUACGUGGGCCAGAUUCCUCGCUAUCUUCUCACAUCUCAUCUUGUUCGUACUCCAUCGUCGGAGACCUGUGCGUUCAUCAUCCACCCGAGCAAUUUUGACGCCCUGUCCCCAAGGCUCUUGCUCCAUGGUCUGCAAUCUACCACGACAUCUUCCCAUCAGCCAGCGUUGUCGAAGAUAGAGGCUCUCAAGCGUCUCGAUCAUGUGCAGUUACUUCCAGUGCAGUCUCUGCCCAAUGCCGCGCAAGCUAUCAAUACAGUCUCGGACUCGCUCCAAAAACUCCAAGAGCAACGGCAGACGCGGCGGUCCGCAGAUUCGCCCGUGGAGCUAGAAAGCCCUGUCAUCUUCCUUAUAGCCGGUCUGGAUACCCUGGCUGAAGCGGUCGUUCGGGCAUCGAAUCCACUGCGAGGAACAGCUUUACUGGGAGCUAUACUCCGCAGUGUGAAUCUUCUGGCACGCACGUAUGCACCCUGGCUUUCCGUCAUCCUCGUCAACACAUCCGGCCUUGGACCCGCUCAAUAUGAUAUCUCGCAACCAGUGGAUGGUAAUCCGUCCGAGAGGGCUCGCAAGGAAGCAACCAAGAUCCCAGGCGAGGACAGUAUUCAUUCUGUUUUUUCAUCGCCCGGAGGCCCGCUACUGUGGACGCUUCUGAUGAAAACGUUGGACCAAGGGAUAGAUACACAUAUCUUGCUGUCGGAUGUCAAAGCCGCUCAGGUCGCGGAAGUGAUCAAGGAUCGCACUGGUGUCGGCCUUGGGAAAUGGGGUAUCUGGACCCCGAGGCGGUAG